UCUCGCAUGAUGUGCGGGCUUUAGGACCCAGACAGAGUUGUACCCGUGCACCUCAAAACUUUUAAAAUUCCUUUUUCCAACUAUUUCCACUCCCUCAGGCGCGCGCGCGCAAAGGCUACGUGCGUGUAGACAUGUCGACGCUCUCGCACUGUGGAUAAAGACGCGCACGAGCCAUUUGAACGGUGAGAAGGCGUGAAUAUGGCUGCUGUGCGCGUGUUUCUGUGCGCGGUUGUGCUCGUGCCUGCGGUUCGAUGUCAGUAUGAGCAGUAUAGUGCAGAGAAUUUUCCGCACGCGGAUCUGAUGCCGCUGGACUCGGCGUAUGGGUUUGCACUGGAGCGGUACGGCGCGCGAGACUGGGGAGAGAGCGUGCGCUAUUUAGAACUGAGUCUGCGCCUCCACCGACUACUGAAGGAGAGUGAAGCGCAGUGCAGUCGCGCGUGCACCGGGGAAAACCUGCACGAUAACGACACGGGAACGAGCACGAGCCUGGGAGUGAUCAAACACAUGCUCACGCGCGCAGCGUGCCUGAGAAAGUGUAAAGCGGACAUGCCCGUGUUUUCUAAAAAAUACCCGAAACCAGAAACUCUGGAGGCCUUUAGCACGAGGACACCGUACCGUUAUUUACAAUUCGCUUAUUAUCAGAUGAAUAAUCUGGAAAAAGCUGUAUCAGCAGCACACACUUAUCUUCAGCGUAACCCGAGGGACCCACUUAUCUCCAAAAACAUCAAUUUUUAUAAAAGUCUGUUUGAUAUUGAAGAGUACUUAUUGGACCAGGAGGAAAAAAAACAUCAGACACUCUUUCUGAAAGCAGUGCUGUUGUAUAACGCGGGGGACUUCAGCAGGUCGGUGACGAUGAUGGAGGAAGUGUGUGUGGAGUAUUUACGUGUGUAUGAUGAGUGUCUUUCAGCAUGUGAGGGAUCAUAUGAGGUACAAGAGGUCAAAGACUUUUACCACACGCUUGCAGGGCUCUUUAUGGAGGUCAUGAGGUGUAAGGUGAGGUGUGAAGAGGAUUUAACUCCCAAUGUUGGUGGAUUUUUUGUGGAAAAAUUUGUUGCUACUAUUUACCACUACAUGCAGUUUGCAUAUUAUAAAUUGAACAAUGUAAUUAAGGCUGCUCCAUGUGCACUUAGUUACCUGCUUUUUGAUUCUAAUGAUCAGGUGAUGCAGCAAAAUGUUGCAUAUUACAAAUUUCACAGAAAUCAAUGGGGUCUGAAAGAGCAGGAGUUUAAGCCUCGUCCUGAAGCCCUUCGUUACUUUAAUCAGUCAAGAAAGCAAAAAGAAUUGCUGGAAUUUGCGCACAACUAUUUACGGACAGAUGAUGAGGAUGUUGUGAGUCCAGAGGAGUCUCCUGCUCUUUCAUCACCUGAUGAAGAGUUUGAGGGUGUUGGUGAUUAUGAAGAGUCGUUCCUUGCUGACUGGUGGCAGGAACCAAAAAUUAAAGGAGACAUCGGAGAAACGGAAUGAAACACCCACAUGUGUAAUGAUGAACUCCUCACUGCAGAAGGCAGUAUUGUUUCUUCUCCUGCGAAAACACACACGUGCACAUCUAUCAGGACUGGCACAGAGCCACUGGUGACCAAAGUUGUUUUUGUUGCUGUUAUUAUUAUCAGGUUUAUUGUGAUAAAAAAUAAUACAUGAAUAAAUAAUUUUUAAUGUAAAA